AUGGAAAUUGCAUCAAAAGACGCCUUGGAAUUGCAGGGAAAAAGUCGCGAGUCUGGUGUCAACAAAUUAAAAUUCCAGAAAUCGAAAGCAAGGUUUGAAAAACCGAAAAGUGGGAAUUGUUACCGAUGUAACAAAAGUGGCCACAGAGCAGAAGAAUGCAGAUUCAAAGAUGCAACAUGUCACAAAUGUAAGAAGAAAGGACAUAUUAAGGUGGCAUGUCGUGCGAAGGAUAAGUUCUUCCCGAAGAAAGUACAUGCAGUGGAUGAAGACGGCUGCUGUGACUUAGGGUUGUACUCUGUGCAUACCGGGAAAAGGAACGAAAUUAUGGUGGACGUGUGUAUUGACGAAAAAAAGGUUAAUAUGGAAGUCGACACCGGUUCUGCGCUCUCCAUUGUUCCCGAAAAGGUUUUUACAGAGCUGUUUCCUAACAGAAAACUGAAGGACACAAGUGUAACCUUAAUAACUUACUCCGGAGAAAAACUGAAACCUCUUGGAGCAGCUGACGUAAACGUCGUGUACAGAGAUCAACAAGAGAAAUUAGAACUGUAUGUUGUUUCCGAGGGAAAAGCGAUACUUUUCGGGCGUGAAUGGCUACGAAAAAUCAAAUUGGAUUGGAGUUCCUUAAACAACGUUACAUUUGAUAACAACGAAUUAUCACAGAAGUUGGAGAAAAUUCUUGAUAAACACAGUGCCGUGUUUACAAUGGAAACCGGAUCCGUCAAGGCGAACCUUAUCAUGGAGGAAAACGCUAAACCAGUAUUUGUGAAAGCAAGAUCGCUUGCUUACGCGCUGAAACCCAAAGUUGUAAAAGAGUUAGAACGACUUGAAAGUGAAAAUAUCGUUACAAAAGUUCCGACAAGUGAAUGGGCCACGCCAAUUGUGCCGAUAGUUAAGAGAUCAGGUGAUACCGGUAUCCGAAUUUGUGGGGAUUUCAAAGUUACGAUAAAUCCGCAACUUGAAAUAGAGCAAUACCCCUUGCCUCGCAUCGAGGACAUAUUCGCCUCGUUAGCUGGUGGACAGAAAUUCUCAAAGAUUGAUCUAAAGAAUGCAUAUUUGCAACUAGAAGUAGAAGAGGAAUCAAAGAAGUUUCUUACAAUCAACACGCAUCGAGGAUUGUACCGUUACAACCGACUUCUAUUCGGGGUAGCGUCAGCACCUGCGAUAUGGCAGCGCACUAUUGACACAAUAUUGCAAGGAUUAAAUGGAGUUCAGUGUAUUCUGGAUGAUAUGGUUAUUACGGGUAGGAAUGAUGCGGAACAUCUGGAAAACUUACGUCAAGUUCUACAGAGACUGGAGGAAUAUAACUUGAGAGCGAAUAAAUCCAAGUGUCACUUCUUCAAAGAUCAAAUCGAGUACUAG